GGAGCAGACGCGCUUGUGACGUGUUUCCGGUGUUCUAGCGGAGGAAAAUGGCUGCGCCCCAGCCACAGGCUGCGGCGGUUUCCUCUGCUGCCGGUGUGUCUGGUCCGGGUUCUGCUGGUGGUCCUGGUCCCCAGCAACAGCCGCAACCAACCCAACUGGUGGGUUCUGCCCAGAGCGGGCUCCUGCAGCAGCAGCAGCAGGACUUCGAUCCUGUGCAGCGCUACAAGAUGCUCAUCCCGCAAUUGAAGGAGAGUCUCCAGACUUUGAUGAAGGUUGCAGCCCAGAACCUGAUUCAGAACACUAACAUUGACAACGGACAGAAAAGCAGUGACGGACCCAUACAGCGCUUUGACAAGUGUCUGGAGGAGUUUUACGCACUUUGUGAUCAGCUGGAACUCUGCUUGCGCCUGGCCCACGAGUGCCUUUCACAGAGCUGUGACAGCGCCAAGCACUCUCCAACACUGGUACCCACAGCCACAAAGCCAGAUGCAGUGCAGCCAGACAGCCUGCCCUACCCGCAGUACCUGGCUGUCAUCAAAGCCCAGAUUACCUGUGCCAAAGACAUUCACACUGCCCUGCUGGACUGUGCCAACAAGGUCACUGGCAAGACUACUGCACCCUCGACUGGCCCUGGAGGCAGCCUCUGAGGGCUUGGUGGAGGGAGGGGCAGAGAAUGAAGUCUGGCCUGAGGGAAAACA